AUGGCUCCUUGUAGAAUGAACACAGUCGUUCCAUUCCUCGUUCCCUCUUAUCUCUUUCACUCUUCGCUCAUCUCUCGCGCCCCUAUCUUUCUCUGCACCUACUGCCUCGUCUCUCCCCCCUUUUUACCCCCCACACAGGCACACAAGAAGGCCCUUCAGGUCCCUGGCCGCGCUCUCUCUGCCAUCAUCACCCAUCUCAAGUCCUCUCUCUCUCCCGCAGACUUCUUCUCUCUCUCCACCUUGCACUUUGCUGUUGUCGCGCCCAUUGGCAAAAGCACAGCAGGGGAGAGAGGGCAGGCGGGGGAGGGGGAAGGGGGGGAGGGAGUGGAGGAGAGGGUGCAUAUGGAAGCGCUGCUGAAGGGGCCGAACGAGGUAGCUCUGGGGAAAGCCAAUUUGGAUCAGACCACCGGUGCACCCAGCGCGGGAUUUAAGGAGGAGGAGAAAUAUCCAGAGCAUCUCCCCCCACCCCGACCUGUGACCUGUCCUUACCCGUGCACUCAGUUCACCGGUGGGCCCAGCGCGGGCUUUAAGGAGGAGGAGUGGCAGCAGCAGCUGGCGCUGUUUGCUGGCGACAGUGGGAGGAGGGAGAUGGUUCUCACGGGCAAGGAGAGCCGGCGCUACGAGCAGGACAUAAAAAGGAUUGCUGCUCAAUUCCGCCUUCACAGUCACAUGUACAACAAGUCCUUCGUCCUCCUCAGCAAGGGCCCUCUGCUCUCUCAGAACUCUCACUUCCCGCUCACCCACUUACCACCUCGCCCAUUUCCCCCUCCCCCCAUUCAGUCACAUGCAUUUCGCAUGCACAACUCGUCUGUCGUCCUCAGCAAGGACUUUCUGCCUCUCACGAGUCGCAUGUACAACAAGUCCCUCGUCCUAAGCAAGGACCCUCUGCCACACUACCGCCCAGAGCUCGACUCUCGGCGGCCGCAGCGACAGCUGAGUUUCCCGCCGGAGAUUCUUGAAGCAAUUGACAGAGUGGUGGCGGAUGUGAAGGCGAAGCGCGAGAGAGAGGAGAGCGAGAGGGAAGAGAGGGAGAGGGAAGAGAGUAAAGCUGCUUUAGCUGCUGCUGGUGGUGUUGGUGGAGAGAAGCAAGGCGUGGCAGGGCGAGGGCUGACGGGGUUGCAAGGGGCCAAGGGCGAGGAGGAGGAGGGGGGGGACGAGGAGGAUGGGGGGGAGGAAGAAGAGGGGGGCGCGGUUCGUGGUGGAGCGAGGGAGGAAGCGGAGGAGGUGGAGGAGAGGAGGAGAUGGCAGUUGUGGAGGAUCAAUGAGAGCUUGAAGCGAAGACAGCAACAAUGGCAGGUAAAUGGGAGAGGAAAGCAGGGGGAAGAGGGAGGGGAACUGGGGGGUUUGGGGAGGAGGUGGAGGAGAGGAGGAGAUGGCAAAUGUGGAGGAUUAAUGAGAGCUUGA